GCCAUUUAACCACGCCCACUCUCGCAUCAAGCGAGAUUUUCUUACUGUGACGUCACAGAAAUAACGUUCCGUGACGCCAUUGGAGACGAGGUCUAGACGUUGUUGGUUAACGCACGAGGUAUUAAGCGGAAAAAAAUGGAUGUUUACAAGAGGAAGAUAUUUCACUAAUUGCUGUUUAGUGUAUUUGGACAGUCAUCUAGAUUAUUUAUACACAGGACACAAAUGUACAAGAAUUAGAUAUAAAAAACAGCAUAAACAAUGGAUAUAGACCCGGAUGCAGAAACUAUUAACAUCACAAGUGGAGUUUUACAUGCUGUUUUACACAGACACAGAUUUAUCUGUCCCGGAAUCAAUCGAGAAUGCAUCGAGUUCCAAGGACAGUUCAUUACCCCAAAGACAUUCUAUGUAAUGGCUGACAAAGGCAGUCUGAAAGACUGGAAAAAUGCAAUUAGAAUAAAUGGAAAGAAAAUCAGACGCUACUUGGACACUGGUGAGUUAGAAUUCUACAACCAUGCCGAGCUGUGUACAGGGCGAUGUAAGUCCAAGAUGGGCAACAAAACAGCAGCAAACAUCAGUGUUACUGAUUCAUUAAACUCUUCAUUAUUAUCACCGGCCCUCAGCAAAAGAACAACGUCCAAUGGACUGAAAUCCAGUGUUUUCUUCGACAAUGAGCAAUACUCUUCUAAUGAUUCACUAAACUUGAUGAAGGAGGUGGACAGUUUUGGCGAUGCUGUGGACGUUAAACCGGAUGUGGAACAACUACGGUUGUUAAAUGUAUUGAACCUGCGUCAGAACAGUGAUGGUACUAGUUCAUCAGGGGACCAGGCCAUGCCAAUGCAAAUUGUGCAGGUGUCUACCAAUGGUCAGGAGGAAGAUGAUGAAGAUGCUAUGUUCUGGCGAGCCAUUGUUCAGUUAGGUCUGAUUGACGAGUUUUUUCGUGAAGUCAAAUCCAAGUUGGACGUCCUUAAAGCUAGCAUGAUCAAAAACUAUGUUCCUGUAGGAGAUGCAAAGAAAGCUUCUAGAAUUGUGAAUGAGUUGGGGAUGAGAUCCAAACUAGACAUGAGAUUAUGUGCCCACAAGUUUGAAUUUGAUAGACAGAGAGAUAAACUUGAGAAAGAAAUGGAACAAUUGAAGAAGAAAGUCAGUGAGUAUGAGCAGAGAAAGGAAGUACUCAAGCAGAAAAGUAAUACAUAUGAUCAACUGAUGACUAAGAAAAUCAAGCUGGAGGACAUGUCAACAAGUGAAAUGCAACCAAAAUCUAAAAACUUAUUUCUCGAGGGACUGAAACCUGAUCUGACCCAGUACGUUGUCCAGCAGUCUCCGAACAAUAAUAUGAUAAUGAUGUUAAAUCCUGGUAAACAGUGUAAAGAAGGGUCGCCCAAAUUAAAUGAUACGUCUAUUAAUGACAGCCAGCAUCAGGCAAAACGUGCUCGUAUAGAAAGUAUUCUCGGUCAGUUUCCGAUACAUUCAGCCAUCGAGCCUGUGGGAGCCUCGACUAGAAGCCAAAAAUCAAAAUCUGAAUCACCAAAGUUAUUAGAAGGUACGAAACAGCAAAAGGGGAAGCAAACCAGUCUGGAGGGUAUGUCAAUUGAGGUAAAUAAUGAAAAUUCGCUCGAAUCACUGUCGGGAAGUCCGGCUUCACAAGAAAGUUUUGAGGCCGACCAGUCUGAAGAUCAUUCAUUGGUUACACAGUCACAAGUAAGCUCUCUGGAGACGCUUUCACAGGAGAGUAUUUCGGAAUCUCCCAUAUCAACCGAAUGAUUUAAUUUUUUCUUAAAAAAAUGGGCCGUGUAUGCAAUACAUUUCAUUAUUUUGUUCAAAUUGUUUCACGUUUAUUUUUUUGAAUCAUCAAAUUUAUGUUGUUCCAAACUUGUUCACUUGUUUUUAUGUGAUGUUAAGAUGAAACCUCUUUUUGUGUAAUUUAAAAAAGAUAUAUUUAUUUCAUUUCUAUUUUGAAAUCCUAUAGGUAACAAUCACUUACAUAUAAAUCCCAUUUUUCGGUGAAAAUUUAUUUUUAUUUUUUCACUAAUCAUGCUAAAGAUUUACAGAAAUCCAAGUUUUCAAAGCUUUUUUUUGUGUGCUCAUGUGCUUAAUAUUGUUUUAAGAAUUGUACUGUGAUUACAGUCCUGUAUUUAGACUACAUUCUUUUUUUAAAUUUUGCAUAAUUGUAAAUUCAGCCAGAAAUCCUAAAAAGUUGUUUUUAAUGCGUUUGCAUGCACUCAGUUAUAUGAAAUAGAUGAAUCUACCAAAAAAAAAAUGAAAUCCAUUUAAUUACAUUUUGUAUUUAUAUCAUGAAAAUAUGUAAAAUUAAGCUCAGAUUUGCCAUUUGUUGCCAAAUGUAAAUGAAAUUCAGCUUUAAAAUUUGUGGUUAAAAAAGUACAUAAAAAAACGAAAAACAACUUACAUUGUUCAUUUAAUGUAAUAAAUAUAACAUUGUCUACAGUAUCUGUGUACAUGUUUUGUUUUAUAUUAAGAAAUAUAUUAUGCUUUUGUUAAAGGUUUAUUUUUGUGUUGAUAUUCAGGACAAUAUGACUUACUAUAUGUUGUUAAAAAAAAUUGUGUGAACUUGACUCUCCACAUUAAAAGCUAUAGAGUAUUGAAAAGUAAUUUACCCAUACUCUGCGACUGCAGCUGUAUCUACUUAUGCCACAAGUGGCGACUAUGAUUACCCAGCAUAUCCAUGUUGUCUGAUCAUGAUCUGCACUGUUCACUUUUCAGUCAGAACUUUUUAUCCUAGAAUAAAAUUGAUUUUGUCCAGUUUGAAAGAUGGAUUUAUGUACAUUUAAGAUAUUUAAUGUGUGAAGGGUUAUAUAUUAUUAAAAUCAUGCUGUAGCUUGACUACCUUUUGAUAAGUAGAUUUAGGAUCCGAGUUUAACCAGGCUGAAUGCAUAAAGAUUUGAGUAUUUACAGUUUGUGUACUAAGAAAUAAUUGUUUAUAUGCAUUUCAUAACUGUUGUGUUAUUAGCGAAAAAUGGAUCUUAAUUGAUCUAAAUUUGUUGUUUUUUUAUGCCCACAGAUCACUUGAUAAAGGAUGAGACAUAUUAUUUUUACCUGAAUAUUUCUCUAUCUCUUCACAAACAUGUUUUACCUUGCUUGGCAGUAAUGUUGUCAUUCUAUAAGCAUGGGCCUGCAACUGCAGAAGAUUUUCGAUUUUUAUUUAUUAAUAAUAUGACUAUAACCCAUAAAUGACCUUUGACUUUUUUUUGUCUAAUUACCGAAAUACAUGAUACAUUUGUAUUUCACCAUAGCUUUUCAUUAGUGAUCAGGGUAUUUGUGUUUCACAAACACAUUUUGUUUUUCUGUAAAAAAAAAGAGAGGUUGAUUUUAUAGGUGUAAGACUACAAGUGGAAUAGUGACAUGGCUUUGUUACUAAGAACAAAUGCUAUAAUUUAGUAAGAAAGGGCUGGUUAAUGAAUAAAGUUAUAAUAGCCCUGUGAAAUUAAUUACACCCAUCUUGUUUUGUUCGUUUUAAUAAUCAUACCAUACAUAUUCUUGUUUGUUUGUUCUUGUUCUUUGUUGUUUUUUUUACACAGACUUUUCACUCACAAACAGGCCCAAUCAAAUUGAGCCUACAACAUUUUCAAUUUAGCAAUGUUUAGCAACCUUUAAGGUUUCUUAUUUAGAUACUACUGGUGCUUUAUUGUUAUAUAUAAUUAUAUCUCUUUUUAUUUUGUAUGAGUUUUAACUAUUUUUUGCAUAGAUAUGAUAAAUUAAAGUCAUAAUAAUUGUUCAUUGUGGGAAAAAGGUAAAGAAACUUGACAUGCUUUCUUAGGGUUUGGGCAAGUUGAACAAAUUAAAAGAAAGAUUUAUUACAAGUUAACUAUAGAAUUUAACUGUGAUCUUUGUUUUGGAAAAUAUUUAAAGUUAUACAAGUUGUUGAUAGGAUAUACAAUCUAAAUGAGAUAAAUAUGACCCGAGGAACUGGCAAAUCAAAAUUCGGGACAUUUAUUUGUGCUGUUAUAACAUAUAGGAAAGUAUUAAUUUUCUAUGGCUAAAUCUUGAUUUUAAAGUCAAAUAAAACAUGCAAUAUCUAGCUUAUUUUGUCAGUACCAUUUUCUUAAAUACAAACACAAUUGACCUUUUGUUUUCAGUUUAUAGAAAUGUGUCCAAACUAUGUUAUACAAAAAACAAAGUUUAUGAAAUUGUUCAUAUUAAGCUCAGGAUUCAACCGUCUGAACGCUAGAUAAUCUGUAUUAAAGUCUGGCCAGCCUGCUUGUCCAACAACUUGAUCUUCUCUGCUGUGUGUUCGAAUUCUUUCUGGGGCUUUGGAUUCUUUCAGUGAUUCUACUCAAAUGUUGCAUAAAAUAAUACACACCUGAUGUCUGAUGAAACCCAUCACUACUAGAGCCUUUAAUGAUUUAUGUUUAAUUUUUAUUUGUGUCUUGUAUAUUGUAAUAUUCUAAAGAAGCAAUGGAAGCCUCCACAUUUUAAGUAGUUGAAGUUCAUCACAUGAAUCAGGAGGGCAAUAUAGACAGUUGUCAUCUUAAGCCAGUCAAGCAGUUAAUAUGUAACAUUUAUGGAAUAUAUGUCAGACAUGAAUUAUAUUGUUAUAAUAAAUUGUUAGUUAUAUGAUACAUUAUGUAUGUCAAUGAUCAAAGAUUUGCUGAAUCAUAUACUUAGAUUUUUAAAAUUGAUAUUUGUACAACUAAGGAUCGACUGCAAAACUGUUGUAAGUCCUUGAUAUCAUAGAUAUAAGUUACGGCUGUUUUGCAGUCAACCCUCGAAUUUGGUUAAUUGCUUUUUAGCUCGACUAUUCGAUAAGAAUAAGUAGAGCUAUUGUAGUCACCCGAUCGUCGGCGUCGGUGUUGGGGUCGGCGUAACCACUUAUGUUAAAGUUUUUGUAAUAGUUCAAAUAUUUUCAAAGUCCAUUGACAUAUGGCUUUGAAACUUUGCACACUUGUUCACCAUCAUGACCCAACCUGUAGACAGGAGGAGGGAACUGUAUCAAGCAUUUUGACAGAAUUAUGCCCCUUUUUCGACUUAGAAUUUACGUUAAGGUUUCUGUAAUACCUCAAAUAUUUUCAAAGUCCAUGGACAUAUGGCUUUGAAACUUUGCACACUUGUUCACCAUCAUCACCCCAACCUGUAAACUGGAGGAGGUAACUGUAUCAAGCAUUUUGUUUUUACUAUCAAGCACUAAGAAUAGUCGAGCGUUGCUGUCCUACCGACAGCUCUUGUUGUUAUUCAAGAUUCUGAUAUUCAGAUGUUUUUGUGCACAUCUGUUAUCAACUUAUCCAACAUAAUUUUGGGAUUGGAAACCCAAAGCUUUUGCAGAAUGUAGAGUUAGAUUUAGCAUAAGAGAUUUGAUAAAAGUUGAAAGAUACUUGUUUGAAAAUGUGAAUGAUGAACUUUGUUGUUCAAGUUUUGUAUUAUUGAAGGUUAAAGGGUUCAAAAAAGCAAUUGUGCUGUUUUAACUUUUUGACCUGCUUCAGCAAGUUAAAUGUCAGUGUAUAAUUACUUUCAUAGUUUGUACACGUUUUAAAAAAUGUAAUAAUUAAUGUGGAACCAAAUUCUAAGGUGUAAGAUGCUAAGGUAUGAAGAGGUAUUGUAAGCAUUGUAAAAUAGCACUGAUGGAAGCUGUUGGACAAAUAUUGAUGGCAAAACAUCAUUCUUAGUUGAAAAAAAUGUGAAAAUAACGUCAGGAAAGCCAUUGUAUGCAGGUUCAAGAGGACUUAUUCUUAGUUUCAUACUUGUAAUGAAACGUGGUUUACAUUAUUUUCAGUAAACAUUUCCAUUAUACCAUUAUGUAUUAAUAUUGAACUGUUAGUUAACACUUUCCGUUUUGGAUUCUGUCUUUAUUACAAAAUGUGUCACUUUCUUGGUUGAACUUGAAAUAGAACAACUGACAACAAAUCCAUUCCAAUUAUGUAUAGUUAUCAACACCUGUUUAAAAGUUGGACCAAUGUGUUAUUUUCUUUCAGUUUAUGUGCAUAAUUAUGAAUGUUUUGAAAUCCUUGCAAUUUCUGCAGAAGAACUGUAUUCAGUUUUAUUUAUGUAAAAAUAGUAUCAAUAAAAUUGACAAUUUGA